GAAUUUUUCUUUAUUACAUAGACCAUAUUACAUACUAAGACGCUUAGGGAACGACCCCCCUGCGUAACAAUCAUAAAGCGGAUUAUUGAAAAUAGUGCUAGCUUUCAAGUGACAACCAAUCUCGUUCUGACUGGAUCUAACAACGGCAACAGGGUGCCCCCGCUCGUGCAGGAUCUAGAUAAACAAAGCUGCCCAUCACUGAAUUAGUCGGCUUUUGGCGCAAACGACUAGAAAUAUGCAGUAUUCCUGGAUUAGGUACGGUGCAAUACUAUCAUGUGUUGUCGUCAUGGUAGUGGCUCAGGAGCAAAAUGCCAGGACACAACAGAAUACGUUGGAAAGUAUCAGGAAUAUUAUUGAUCAAAUGGUGCAGCCACACGUAAAAAAGAUUCUUCGAUUUGUGCUAGAAGCCGAUGUCAGCGCGGACUGUCAGGUUUAUUUGGCUAAAUUUGGUGCAGCCGUCCGAAGGUUCGAACCGUGGGCUACUCGAUUAAUCGACGCUUCGGGAAAAUUUCCUUCCGGCCUUCACCAGGGAACCCUAAUAGACAUAGGAGCUUAUGACGAAUGUCUUGAGACGGUUCUGCAUCACGAAGAGACCGGCGAAGAAACUCUGCGAGGCCAAUAUUGCAAUAUCUAUAUAAAAACCUAUAGCGACUAUAUUCGUGGUCUGCUAAAUAUCACAGCUCUCUCACAUCCCAGGACGCCAAAAUUCAUCUCAUUCCAAAACUCCAAUGACGUCCCCGGAAUACUCAUUGGCGUAUGCGUGUCGACGGACUGUUCUCGUGAAGAUUUGCAGAAAUUGGGCGAUAGAUUGGCCCCUGUGAUUUUCGGGAAGGUCAAUGUAGCGAACUGCGUCGAUGGAUUGCCACGAUCGCUUGACAAUCGUCAGAUAUUUGCUUUAUGUAUUCUGUGUAUCGUGGUCAUGUUAGUAUUCUUGGGAACAGCAUUCGACUUCUACCCAUCAUGCGUCUGCAGUAUUUUGCUUCCAACAAAGAGCGAAGGGAAGCAAUCAGAGCGAACGAGUCUCAUGAAGCGUAUCGUGCUUUGUUUCUCGGCAAAGGCUAAUACCAGUCUACUUUUGGAGGUAAAUAACAAUCCUAAUAGCGACGCUUAUGCUUACCGAUUCUUCCACGGAAUCAGAUUCAUUUCCAUCUACGGCGUUGUUGUUGGCCAUUCUUUUUCCGUAUUCAACCUCAACAGCACAUCUCGACUCGUAAAUGCACUCCACUACGGUGAAAGCUAUUGGUUCUGCUUCAUUAUGUCGGCCUACCUCUGCGUUGAUACGUUCCUUUUUCUCGCCGGCUUUCUAUUGACGUUCAAUAUUCUGAGAGAACCUAUGGACAAUCCUGUACUUGUAGCUGUAAUACCACUUAUACGCAGAUUUAUACGUGGUACUUUGCCAGCACUCUUUGUUAUGGUCAUCCUGUUCCUGAUACCUGUUGUAUUUGAUGGUCCCAGAGUUAUGGAGUGGUAUGAGGACUACAAAAGCCAAUUCGACAAUGACUGGUUGGCGGUACUCCUGCAGAUUCGCAAUUAUAACUCCGGCCAAUACGCGAACGGCGCGCCCUGUAUGGGACCUCUGUGGUAUCUUUCCGUGGACUUCCAGCUAUUUUUCGUGGUCGUCAUAACACUUGUUCUAACAAAACGGAAAGCGAAAACUGUUCACUGGAUGAUGACGUGUUAUUCGGUGACCUGUGCACUCUUCAUCGCAAUCUACAUUUACGAUACCGUUUACACACCGUUUGUUGUUCCAAUGGCCGAACAGUGGGAAACAAUCAAGCUAACUAUAUUUUAUUUCUAUAUUUACACGCCAGUUCACGCUGUGAUGUUCUUUAUGGGAACUUCCACCGUAUACAUCAUCCGUGACUACAAAGAGAAAAAGAUCUCAUUUUGGAUGUCUUUCUGCUGUUGGGCUGUCACAUCUACUUGUGUCCUGAUUGCCGUUUUCGGAACUCAUCCGUGGAAUAGUGGAAACUACCCCGGGGAAGCAAUCAAGGUUCUUUUCGCCGUGUUCCAGCGACCUUUUUGGGGCAUAUUCUUAAUGUGGUUGACGUUCUGUUGCGCUACCGGCCGUGCCACGACUAUCACACGUUUCCUGUCAUUACCUGUUUUUGUACCGUUGAGUCGUCUCUCAUUUGGAGUAUUCCUGCUGCAUGUGCCAAUUAUCUUUUUAGAGUUCAUCACCGCCCGAGAACGUCUCUUCUAUAGGGUCUUUGUUAUGCUCAACCGUUCAUUCAGUACCACGAUAUGGAGCCUUAUUGUUGCAUACCUCCUCUUCCUACUGGUCGAAGCUCCGCUCGGUCGAAUUGAAAAACUCGUACUUCAGGCAUGCCGUGCAAAAGUCAGCGCUGGCAACAAUAAAGUUGCAGAUAUCGAGGUGAGAAAGAAAAACACCUAUGCGCCAUCGGUCGCUGUUCAUGACGGAGACGGUUUCGCAAACGAUGGUCCCAAACAUUUACAAGAACAACUUAAGGUCCUUCAAGGCAGUUCCAUAAAGCUUUGACACAUCAGCGCCGGACCAUGUAAUUACAAAAUGCAGUUAAACAGAUGUUAAACGAGACUUUUUAGCUAAUACUUCUUAUAUAUAUAUAUAUAUAUACAUAUAUAUAUGGCAGUUCUACUCACAGUAAAAAAAAAAAGAAUGUACAUAGAUUAUGGUGAC